CUCACCCUUAUUUAUUCUUCAGUGGACCAUAGCCACUUUUAUUGAAAAACAAAAAAAAAUAACAAAAGACUUGGCUGUAUGGGCUAGAACUUUUGCCUCCUCUAUGUCAAAGAGUAGGUAUUGGAUUGAUUUGGUGAUAAGAAAUAAAUAAUCAGUAAAACACUGCAAAUGGAUAAUAAACCGUCUCUUAGUCAAUAUUUUGGGGACACGGAAACGCCGCCCGUUUCUCAGUUUUUUGAUGAAAUAGGAACAUCGCCGUCAGACAUGAUACAAAGCGUUUAUCUGGGAGACGGCGAAGAUAUAAAAACAACAGGCAGUGCGCUUUUUGCUCAAAAUAUGACUGUGUCUUUUACCCAUUCAGCGACCCAAGAAAUGCAGUUUACUAACGUUAUUCCUACUGUGAGUAGCGCUACAGCCGUACCAGCGACCAGUCUGCCCGAUCCGUCAACGUUUUUCGAUACUAUAGGCCCUGAACCACAAAUUGGGUCUGGAAAAAGUAACUUGGUCAAUCCUUCAGUGAUUACAGAUGCCCUGGAUGGUCUAAGUUUAAAGAACCAGCCAGUGGAUAAAGAAGCUGACAGGAGAAGAGAUGCCUGGAUCCCUAAUGAUGAAGCUAAAAAGACCCUCAUUAAGGCACAAUCAUCACCUAAAGGCUCAUUCUUUCCUGAAAGAGAAGUAUUAACAAUGCCCGGAUUGGUUCUUGAGGAGGAAUUGCCUGACGCCCUCCAAGAGGUGGCAGUGAAGCACCUGGGAGUGAGUUCAGCGGGAGCCCGCGCUGUGGUCCGCGCGGAGCACGUGAGCCGCGACGAGGCCGGGCUGCGGGAGCUGCUGCGCACUGGCUGUCUGCGCGCGGCUGUCAACCUCACCACUGUGCUGCUCACUAAUGUUACUCAGGGUGCCGGCCGCAUGCAUCGGCCAUCAAAGCACACGCCCCGCAGUUUACAGUUGUGGCUCACUCGCUUUGCUGUUCUGUUGAGGAUCAGCGCCGAAUGUAAAGAAGAAUAUGAGAGAGUUAUGCAUCUAUUUAACUCCAGGCUAAACGAUCCGCUGGUGAAGGAAGCCGAACCAUUUGGGGACUUCAGCAAACCAGACAUGUUCUAUCAGUUCUACCCGGACACGUACGAGAAUCGAACCGGCAGUCUAGUUCCGUUUGCCCUGCGGCUUCUGAUCGCUGAGUUACCGGGGCACGUGGGGAAGCCUGAGCAGUCUUUGGAUAGGCUGUAUGCUAUGUUGGAUAUUAUACAGACGAUGUUGUCAAAUCUCAAAGAAGGCAAGACGGAAGAUGGCACCGGAAUCAUCACGUCGGAGCAAGAUAAAACUGAGUCGUUGCGUCUCUGGUCCGGGAGGGAGGUCAGGGUUCUACACUCUAUUGUCAACUGCGCUAUUGUUUUGAAGGACUAUCGUCUAGCAACCAAGAUCCUACAGAAUCUAGAGCAGACGAGCGACAGCGUCGCGCUGAAGCGGGCGCUGAGCAGCGCGCAGUGCCGCGUGGCGCUGCUCGGCGGGCGCGAGCGCGCGGCGGCCGGCUGCUGCGCCGCGGGCCGCCAGCUGCGGCUGCACUUAUGCCCCACUCCCGACGUGCGGGAGUACGUUGACCUCGGUCUCAUAGACAUCGCCCGCGGGAAAUAUCAAGACGCGUACAAUAACUUCGCGCGCGCCGCCGACCAAGAGCCUACCAAUAUUAUGGUGGCAAACAACCUAUCCGUGUGCCUCCUGUAUAUGGGCCGUCUGAAGGAAGCUAUAGCUAUCCUACAAAAAGCUAUCAACUCAGACCCGGAGAGGGGGCUCAACGAAAGCUUACUCAUAAACCUGUGCACUCUUUACGAACUGGAGUCGUCGAAAACGAAUGAAAAGAAACGAAAUUUGUUAACUAUGUUGUGUAAAUACAAAAGUGACACGAUACCUAAUGUCUUAGAAUGUCUGAAGCUUAGUUAGGUUAAUUUUUUCAAGUUAAUUCAAAAUCACAUCUUUCGACGUUUUCCCGAUUACUUCCCCAGCCGUUGAGCGUCGGAGCCUAGAGUUCGCUUUCGUACUUUUUCGUCUCCACUUCGCGCGGUCGUCGACAUCCCUAGUUGUCAGACCAUUGGUGUUAAUUCGAAAUCAUUAACUCCCAAAACAUUGAUGCCUAUUUUUUAUCAGUCGUAGACAGAGUGUAUUAUUAUACACGUACAUGAGAAGAAACUAUAGACGACCUCGGUGGCGCAGUGGUAAAGUGCUUGCCUCUGAACCGAUAGGUCCCGGGUUCGAUCCCCGGUCGGGUCAUGAUGGAAAAUGAUAUUUUUCUGAUUGGCCCAGGUCUUGGAUGUUUAUUUAUAUAUUUGUUAUAAAAUAUAGUAUCGUUGAGUUAGCAUCCCAUAACACAAGUCUCGAACUUACUUUGGGGCUAGCUCAAUCUGUAUGAUUUGUCCCAAUAUAUUUAUUAUAUUUUAAUGAGACAGAGCGCCUUUUGUCUCUAAUCACCUGCCCGGCGCAAUCUGCCAUUUUGUAUGAGAAUAUCCGUAUUGGACCUGAAAAUUGGUUGUAUGGAAAACUUUAUCAAAUGUGAUAGAUGCCAUUUGAUUGCAAUAGUUUCUUAGUCUUUGUUAGCAGUCAACGUGUUAAUGUUUUGUCUCAUUCUUUCAUUGUCAAAAUAUUUGAAUACAUGAAAAAACAUUUUAAUACUUUAGAAUUAGAUUUUAUGAACAACGCCAAGGUUUUCUCCUUAUAAUAUUAGAUCAACUAGUCAAAUCAGAUUUCUAUUUUUGACUUGUAUGACGUAAUAUCUUAUUAUAAUUCGUCACAAUUUUAAAACUAAAAAGCAUAAUGUAUUUUAAUGUGAACAAAAAAUUGAAAAUCAGAAGUAGAUUUCGAAGUGAGACGCAGUGAACCAAUCACAUUGUGGAGUUGUUGUCGUCACGUCACAAUGACGCACUGUGAUUGGUUAGCUGCGUCUCACUGCGGAUAGACACGAUGCAUGAUGAGAUUGCUUAAUUAAAGUGUCAUUUUUGUUAUUGAUUUUAUGAAAUACACCUUUUAAUUUUUACUCUCAAAUAGCAAUUGGAAUGUCCUCUAUGUGUGUUCUUCCAAUUACUCGAUAAUUAUGUAAAUGAGUUAUUGGUUGUAAGGUUAUGAGUUUUGUUUAAGAGUUUUCCUGUUGUAGAUAUUUACAUGUGGUCGCUAAUAGAAUGUGUCCCUGUCACUUAUGUCAAUAAACUUAAGGCAAAUAAUAUAAUAUGUUUAUCAAAGUCAA